AUGAGUGUAAGACCACUGUUAACGGGUGUAGUUGGGUUGAGUGCCGGUUGUGGGCUCACUUACUUCUGCUUGAAGAGGAGAGAGGUUGGUGUUCCCACAAUCGCAACUGCUCCAAGACCGGUCAGUUCCCAAGGUGGUGUCCCCUCUGUCAAAUUGAACCCGUCUGAGUUCUUCAAGUACGGGUUUCCAGGACCCGUGCACGACUUGGAGGAUAAGUACCAGUUCAUAUCGUGCUACAACAGACAGACGAGAAACCCGUACUGGGUCCUCGAACACCUCACUCCAGAGUGUUUGUCCUCGAGGAACGCGGAUAGGAAGGGGUCCGUUUUCAAAGAGGACGAACAGAUCCCAGAGAUGUUUAGGGCGAAACUUCAGGACUAUUUCAGGUCCGGAUUCGACAGGGGGCAUCAGGUCCCUGCUGCAGACGCCAAAUUCUCACAGGACUCAAUGGAUGACACUUUCUACUUGACUAAUAUGUGUCCACAGGUGGGCGAAGGUUUCAACAGAGACUACUGGGCACACUUCGAGUAUUUCUGCAGAGGGUUGACCAAGAAGUACAACGACGUGAAAAUCAUGACGGGGCCAAUGUACCUACCGAAGAGGGACCCCAAGGAUGGGAAAUUCAGAGUCUCCUACGAGGUCAUCGGGAACCCGCCAAACAUUGCUGUGCCUACACACUUUUUCAAGCUUAUUGUGGCCGAACACCCAAGAGACGGGUCUGCAAGCGGGGAUGGUAAAAUUGCCGUGGCGGCCUUCGUCAUGCCCAACGCUCCAAUAGCCAACGAGACACCUCUGACAUCCUUCGAGGUCCCAGUGAAUGCUCUGGAACGCAGCACUGGGCUGCAAUUGUUGGGCAAGGCUCCGAUCAAUAAAGUGGUCCCCUUGUGCAAACAAGUCGAAUGUAGGAUCACCGUUAGAGUGUUUAACAACUCCAUGAAGUCGCUGCCACCAAAGAAAUGA